CCGCCGACGCGCGAAGAAUGCGAGGAACGCGCGAGCUUACGCGUCUUGUGGGUGGCCUACGCGAUUAGAAGAAGCAACAGGCUGUUAAUCGUCCUUCUCGUCAUUUUAUUCGCCACAAUUUCACGGCGUGUCGAUCGCCGUGGACGUUGGUCACCGCGUUGCGAGAAAAUCGACGACCACUUCCUUCGUGUGUAGAUAAAUACCGGAUGGCCGAUAUGUGUCAUACUUUUCCGCGUAACUCUUUUAAUUCCUACCUCGUUAUAUAAUAAUUCAACGAGAAACGGAGACAACAACGAUUUUCGGGAAAUCACAGGGGAGAAGCAUACGGGAAUCAUGCUGGUACACGAACGUUUAUUUUGAACGAAUAAUGAACUGGCGACUGGUACUUGGCCUGGUAAAAGUGGUAUAUGCAGUAGAGCGAGUGGCUCGUUUUAGAGGCUGUAUAGUGGAUUUAAAAUGAAGCGUGAAGAUUUAUGUUUGUCCUGUGUACUUGAUAUGUGCGGUAUCGGUUUUUCUACGAUAUCCACAUCAAGUUGAAGUUCGUGAUUAAGUGUGGCUCGAAUCAAGAGCGUCGAUUUUCGGAGGUAUUGGACUUUUUACGACGAAGAAUUUUCAGAAGUGCCUGAGAAAGAAGCUGCAAGAGUUGUAGACACACGCGCACACAGGAGGAACGAAGUAUUCCGCGACGUAAGAGAGAAACGAUUUUAAACUUCGUGUGAUUCCGGUGGUUUUCGUGCACACAGAUCAUCCCAGGCAGCCGCAAUGGCCACCCUAUCCUUGCGUAUCUCCAUCCCGGAGAAAAACGCCACGAAGAUGAUGCAAUUCGACCCGAGCACAUCCAUUUACGACGCUUGCCGUAUUAUCAGAGAGAAACUCGCUGAAGCGGGUAACAUGGGCCAACCGAAGGACUACGGAUUAUUCCUUGCCGACGAGGACGUGAAAAAGGGGGUUUGGCUAGAGCCGGGCCGGAAUCUCGAUUAUUACAUUCUGAGGAACGGCGAUCUUCUCGAGUACCGGCGUAAACUGCGGACCCUUCGAGUGCGCAUGUUGGAUGGAACGCUGAAGACGUUGUUGGUGGAUGACAGUCAGCCCGUCGCCAAUCUCAUGGUAGUAAUUUGUACGAAGAUAGGCAUCACGAACCACGAUGAGUACUCGUUGGUGCGCGAGCUGGCCGACGAGGAGACUGAGAACCAGAAGCCGGGCAAUUUCGGCACCCUCACGCUCAAGAGGAGAAAAGAGGAAAAAGGCGAGCGGGACGCGAAGAUGGAUCAGUUAAGGAAGAAGCUUAAAACCGACGACGAAGUAAACUGGAUAGAUCCCAGUAAGACUUUACGAGAGCAAGGAAUAGACGAGUCAGAAACGGUGCUGCUGCGGAGAAAGUUUUUCUUCUCAGAUCAAAAUAUCGACAGUCGAGAUCCGGUGCAAUUAUCUCUUUUGUACGUUCAAGCAAGAGACGCAAUUCUAGAUGGCACGCAUCCGGUUACUCAGGAAAAAGCUUGUAUUUUCGCUGGAAUACAAUGCCAGAUCCAGUUCGGUGAUCACAAGGAAGACAAGCACAAGCCAGGCUUUCUCGACCUCAAGGAAUUUUUACCGCAGUCCUACUUGAAGGUGAAGGGUAUCGAGAAGAAAAUUUUUGCAGAGCACAAGAAGCACAUCGGUCUCUCAGAAUUGGACGCCAAAGUGUUGUAUACGAAAACGGCAAGAUCUUUGAGUACUUACGGCGUCACGUUCUUCCUAGUGAAAGAGAAAAUGAAGGGAAAGAACAAGUUGGUGCCUCGUUUGCUCGGCGUCACCAAAGACUCCGUCUUGCGACUCGAUGAAAAAACGAAAGAAAUCUUAAAAACCUGGCCGUUGACUACCGUCCGACGUUGGGGAGCCUCUCCGAACACGUUUACGCUGGACUUUGGCGAUUAUUCUGACCAAUAUUACAGCGUACAGACUACGGAAGCGGAACAGAUACUUCAGCUAAUCUCUGGCUAUAUCGAUAUCAUUCUUAAGAAGCAAAAAGCUAAAGAUCACUUUGGUAUCGAAGGAGACGAAGGCUCGACGAUGGUUGAAGACAGUGUAUCGCCAUUGAAAGCGACGAUCAUGCAACACGAAACGAGCAACGUCGGCAAAGGAAACGUGGAAGCUGUGUCAGUUGCCAUACCUGCGGUUAUGAGAACCGGCGCAGACGGGGCUCGACCAUAUGGGACCGGGCACAUGGGCGGUGCUCAAUACACGACUGUCAGCGGCCAGGUGAACAUCGCUCACGCUCCACCGAUGGUGCAACAAACCAAGGUCACAUCCGUCCUGUCCGAACCACAACGUGCCUUACUGUCGACUAUCACCGCUGGUCACGAGGUGAUUCACAUCGCGGAGACGGAGCUGUCCUGCAAGGCUCAGCUUCCAGAACUGAGCAACGAUCCGGCCUCGUUGAAAUGGAUCGAACAGACGAUCGAUACGCACAAACAGAAUGUUGGCUCUCAGAUCGCGGCGAUGAACGCCGCGACAGCUCAGGUGGUCACCUUGACUUCCGGUCCAGCCGACGAUGUGGAUCACACAGCGGUAGGUGCAGCUAUCACAACGAUCGCAACCAAUCUGCCGGAGAUGACGAAAGGCGUCAGAAUGAUCGCUGCCCUGAUGGAUGACGACUCUUCGGGAGACAAAUUGCUGGAUGCGGCAAGGAAGCUGUGCUCCGCCUUCUCCGACUUGCUCAAAGCCACCGAACCUGAAACUAAGGAGCCGAGACAGAACUUGCUGAACGCCGCAUCCCGUGUUGGCGAGGCAUCUCACCAGGUGUUGACAACGAUAGGAGAGGAAAAUGACUCGAAUCGGGAGCUUCAGGACAUGCUAUUGGCAUUAGCUAAGGCCGUAGCCAAUUCAACCGCCGCUCUGGUGCUCAAAGCAAAGAAUAUCGCAGCCACUUGCGAGGAUUCAGCGACUCAAAAUCGUGUAAUCUCAGCCGCCACCCAGUGUGCAUUGGCCACAUCGCAAUUAGUUGCCUGUGCAAAGGUCGUAGCUCCGACUCUGCACUCUCCAGCUUGUCAGACGCAGCUGAUGAACGCAGUCCGUGAAGUGACAAAGGCAGUCGAAGGUCUCUUGGAAGUCUGCAAUGAAACCUGCAGCGACGAGACUCUCCUGAAGGAGCUAAAUGUUGCUGCCACUGAAGUUAAAACGCGAGCCAGGGAAGCAUGCGGCGGCCUGGAAUUAGAUGCGGCCGAAGAAUUGAUAAACAGUUUGAAAGACGAGUUAAGAGAGUUCUACAAUGCCGUGGAGGCCGCUUCUCUAAGACCUUUACCCGACGAGACACCAGAGUCCACUGCUCUCCGACUAGGUGCUACCUCGAAGAAUGUCGGAUUCGCUAUGGCCCAGCUUCUAUCCGCUGCUAAGCAAGGAAACGAGAAUUACACUGGAAGCGCAGCACGAAAGACAGCGUCCGCCCUUAAAGAUUUAACUUAUGCUGUUCGCGGAGUGGCUGCUACUUCGCAUCAACCUGAUACGCAAAAGAAAAUCUUGAUGACUGCCGAUGAUGUUAUUCUAAAGUCGUUGAGACUGGUUAAAGAAGCUCGAAGAGCCCUGAAGAACGCUAACAGUGUAGAGAACGAAGCUAAUCUGGCUGCAGUUGCCAAGGAUGUGUCGAAUGCGCUGAAUAAAUGUGUGUCUUGCUUACCUGGACAAAGAGACGUAGACGAUGCAAUUAAAAAUAUCGAAGACAUGACUCAGGUCCUCGGCAUGAACGAGUUCCCACAAACCAAUAAGAGUUACGGACAAUUGCAAAGCGAUCUAAACAACGCAGCUGCGAAUUUGAACGAUGCUUCUUCAAACGUGGUGUCGUCAGUACGUUCUCCAGUUCAGUUAGCUAAUUCUUCCAAACAAUUCACCAACGCUUUUGGAGACCUGUUGGGCGUCGGCAUGGAAAUGGCCGGUCAAACAGCUAUCGAGACUCGAAGUCAGAUGGUGGUUUCUUUGAAAAACGUCAGCAUGACAUCCAGCAAGCUUCUGGGAACUGCCAAAUCCGUAGCAGCCGAUCCGGGUGCUCCAAACGCGAAGAAUCAAUUAUCGGCAGCUGCACGAGCCGUCACAGAUUCCAUCAACUAUCUCGUCGAUGUCUGUACCUCGGCUGCGCCUGGACAAAACGAGUGUGACAACGCUAUCAGGAAUAUCCAGUCGAUGAGAUCGCUCCUCGAUAAUCCUAGCCAACCAAUUUCUGACGCGAGCUACUUCGAAUGUCUAGAAACCGUGAUGGAGAAGAGCAAGAGCCUUGGCGACGGAAUGACGGGCAUAGCUAACCACGCGAAGAAAUCAGAGCACGAACAAUUCUCGGUAGCAGUUAGAGGGGUCUCUUUGUCAAUCUGCGGACUGAUAGAAGCAGCAGCUCAGGCUGCUUAUCUAGCUGGUGUUAGCGAUCCAACAUCGGUGGCUGGAAAACCAGGCUUGCUGGACCAAGCUCAGUUCCUCAGAGCUGCACAGGCCAUUCAUACCGGUUGUCAAAGUCUUGGAAAUCCUACAAGUACCGAACAACAAGUCCUUUCAGCCGCUACCAUGAUAGCUAAGUAUACGAGUGCUCUUUGCAAUGCUUGUCGCGAAGCGUCGAACAAAACCAGCAAUCCUGUUGCUAAACGUCACUUCGUUCAAUCAGCCAAGGACGUUGCCAAUUCCACAUCAGUUCUGGUGAAAGAAAUCAAGGCGCUGGAUCAGAAUUAUUCUGAGGCUAACAAGGCGAAGUGUGCAGAGGCUACCAGGCCACUUUUGGAAGCAGUUGACAACCUGUGUACGUUUGCUGGAUCUCCAGAAUUCGCUAGUCAGCCUGCAAAGAUAUCCGUCACAGCUAGAGCUGCCCAAGAGCCAAUAACUAGCGCCGGUAAAGCUAUUAUCGAUGGUUCUUGCGCGAUGGUGCGAGCCGCCAAGAGUCUCGCUGUCAGUCCAAAAGACCCUCCAACUUGGCAAUUAUUGGCAAAUCACAGCAAGAGCGUGAGUGAUUCGAUCAAGUCUCUAGUUGCUUCCAUCCGCGACAAAGCACCUGGACAGAAGGAAUGCGACGUUGCGAUCGAGAAACUAUCAGCUAGAAUUCGAGAACUAAAUGCCGCGUCUUUCAGUGCUGUUUCACAGUCACUGGUUUCACGAAGAGAGAAUACGAUGCAAGGAUUUACGGAUCAGAUGGAGACUAGUGCUAGCGAGUUGCGAGAAAAAUUGGAACCUCUUCGAACAGCUGCCAAAUACGAGGCUGAAAACGUAGGACAUGCCGUCAAUCAGAUAGCUUUGUACUGCGAGCCUCUAGUUUCUGGUGCUAUCGGUGCUGCUUCAAACAUGGUGCACUCGAAACAACAGAUAGUGCUACUGGAUCAGACGAAAACCGUCACCGAGUCUGCUCUACAGCUUGUUUGCGUGACAAAAGAAUCUGGUGGUAAUCCGAAGGCAGUUAAUCUGCACACUGAAGUUGACGAGACAGUGGAAUCCAUGAAAGAUGCGCUGCAGGAAUUACAAAACACUUUGGAGACAAUUUCGACAUCUUAUGGAAUUGUUACUGGGCUAAUUGACGCUAUUUCUCGAGCCAUGGUCAGAUUAGAAGAUCACAGAAUGUCCACGAUCGAUACAGUGGAUUCUUACGUGGAUUAUCAAACGAGAAUGGUGGAAGCUGCUAAGGAGAUCGCUCGGCUGGCGCAGGAAAUGUCAACAAAAUCUAGCACCGACGUAGCCAGACUAAGUCCCCUUAUAGUGGAUAUCUCCCACAAGUACACUCAGCUAGCCCGCGAUACGUCCGGCGCUUCAGCGGCCGCAUCUAACGCUGACGUGUCUGCGAGACUUCGCGCAAGCGUCCAAGAGCUUGGCAAAGCCUGCGUAGACAUCGUUAGAGCUGCAGGAACCUGCCAAAUGUCACCAGGCGACGCUUACACUCAAAGAGAAGUCGCAGAGCACAGCAAGAUAGUCACGGAAAAGGUAUCUCAGGUGUUAGCUGCACUUCAGGCUGGUUCUAGAGGAACUCAAGCUUGUAUCAACGCUGCAAGUACCGUGUCAGGCAUUAUCGGUGACCUGGACACCACGAUCAUGUUCGCCACUGCUGGAACCUUGCACGCAGAGAACGAAGGCGACACUUUUGCCGAUCAUCGAGAGAACAUCUUGAAGACAGCCAAGGCUCUCGUUGAAGAUACGAAAACGCUAGUAGCUGGAGCAGCCUCGUCUCAAGAGCAAUUGGCAGUUGCAGCGCAAAAUGCCGUGUCGACUAUCGUUCAACUUGCCGAAGUGGUUAAAUACGGGGCUGCCAGCUUGGGCAGUCAGAAUCCCGAGGCCCAAGUAAUGCUAAUAAACGCGGUAAAAGACGUGGCUUCUGCACUCGGCGACUUGAUACACGCCACUAAAGCAGCCAGUGGCAAACCUAUCAACGACCCCAGCAUGGCCCAUUUAAAGGACUCUGCCAAGGUGAUGGUAACCAACGUGACGUCCCUGCUGAAGACAGUGAAAGCUGUCGAAGAUGAGCACACUCGUGGCACCAGGGCUCUGGAAUCAACCAUCGAGGCGAUAGCUCAAGAAAUACGCGCCUUGAACACUCCAGAGACGCAGAAGAUCAACGUGACACCCGAAGAUCUGGUUCGAUGCACUAAGAGUAUCACCAUUUCAACCGCCAAAGCUGUAGCUGCCGGAAAUAGUUGUAAACAGGACGACAUAAUUGCGGCUGCAAACAUGGGACGAAAGGCUAUCAGCGACAUGCUGACCAUUUGCAAAGGAGCAGCGUAUAAUUGCGCGGAAACAGCUGAAUUGAGAGAAAGAACUCUUCAGGCUGGUCACGACGUCGCUCUUAAUUAUAGGGAAUUGUUGCAAGCUAUAUUACAAAUAUCUUCAAGAUCUGGUGAUGCAAAACACACUUUGCCACCCAUUAGUAGAAAGAUCGCUCAGAGCGUUACCGAAUUGGUGGCUGUGGCUGAAUUGCUGAAGGGCACCGACUGGGUGGACCCUGAUGAUCCGACGGUCAUCGCAGAAAACGAGUUACUAGGUGCUGCAGCCAGUAUCGACGCUGCCGCGAAGAAGCUUGCUAGCUUGAGACCUCGGAGAAGCAUACAGGAGGCAAACGAAGAUAUGAACUUCGACGAAAUGAUCCUAGAAGCAGCCAAAUCGAUCGCAGCCGCUACAUCGGCUCUUAUAAAAGCAGCCAGUGCCGCUCAAAGAGAGCUUAUCGCAACAGGAAAGGUUUCUCGAACUCCCCUAACCAGUUCUGACGAUGGCCAGUGGUCCGAAGGUCUAAUUUCUGCCGCAAGAAUGGUCGCAGCUGCAACUCACAGCCUCGUUGAAUCUGCAAACGCUCUGGUACAAGGCGUCAGCUCCGAAGAAAAACUAAUUUCCAGCGCGAAACAAGUAGCCAGCAGUACGGCACAAUUAUUGGUCGCUUGCAAAGUGAAAGCUGAUCCAGAUAGCGAGAGCACGAAACGUCUGCAAGCAGCUGGAAAUGCUGUGAAACGCGCCACCGACAAUUUAGUACGAGCAGCCCAACAGGCUAUUCAGCAAGAAGAAGACAGAUCUCUGAUCCUAAACCGUAGAAUGGUUGGAGGUAUCGCACAGGAGAUAAACGCCAGAUCAGAGGUCCUUCGUAUCGAGAGGGAACUGGAAGAAGCUAGAGGAAGACUCACUGCCAUUCGACAGGCCAAGUAUAAAAAUCGCCCAGAUUUAACUGACACCGAUACUGAUGCCGAACAGAGUGGCUACGAGAGCACAACUAGAUACGAGACCAGAGCUUAUGAAACUCACAAUCAGUCACAGACGAAUUACAGCACGUAUCAACAGCAUUCUACGACGCACAAUAUCGGCCAACUCAGUUCCGACAGACAAACUCUGGUUAGCCCGGAAAAAGUUUAUUCAACGCAGAGCACGUUAGAAAGGAAAAUGAAAGAGAGUCAGUAUCGGUCUACAAUGGAAAGUCAGUAUGGCUCAGUCGAGAAAAAGUAUAACGAAUAUGAUAGACGGUAUGUUUCAGACAGUCCAUAUCUCGUUACCGAAAAGAAAGUGACUAUGGAAAGUUCAUCCGGUCAGUACAGUUCUAUCGAAAGGAAGAUCAAUAAGGAAAGUUAUAAUACCGAGGCAACCAUGUUGUAAUGAUCGCAACAUCUUUUGCAAGUCAAUUCAUUAACGGCAACGUUAAGUAUAAUGAUAAGACGAUGAAAAACCCAAUAACGAUCGUUUACGCAAUAUCAGCACGUGCUCAGUUGAGGAUAAAUUAAGUACUGCCUUCUAGGACGAAAAUGACAAUCGUUUAAAAAAAAAUAGGGAAGAAUAAGAAGGAAAGAAAGAGUUGAUAUAGGAAGCUAAAAUAUGAAUACGUGAUAUGGAAGAAGAAUAACUGGCGAAGAACUAAAAAUUCUAACUAAAGAUUUAGAUCUGAACGAAGCAAUGAUUCGAAGUUAAUGAUUUUGUUAAUGGAAAUCAUACCAUUUGCGUUCAAAAGUAAUAUUCUUCAAAUUUACAAUUUAAGUUCAUAAAUUUGGAAUAUAUUCAAGAAAAAGGGGAAGAGGGGGAGAGAGUUUAUGUUCAAGUAACAAAAAACACGCGCGUAUCGAAAAUUUUACAAUUCUCACUCGAGAUAUUGACAAGCUUAUUACUUGUUUUAGUCUUUAUUUUUAAAAGCAAUCGUGAUAAAAUCUUUGUAUGAUAAUCUUUGCGACGAGAAACGGUAGGAAAGUGCCCUUAGGUAGAAUUAACCGUGUGCUUUCGAAAUUAGCCUUUAUAAGAAUGACUAUUGAUUGGAAUAUAACCGUCCACCUUUUCCACGAACUUAUUUCUGUUGAUCUAAUUACGAACGAUGCCACAAAAAAAUGCACGUGAUAUAUUUCCACCAUUUUGCAUCGACGAUUCUUAAUAUUUUGAUAACAUAUUCGUUUUUGAUCUUUUGAGACAUCUUUUUGAAAAUAUAUUCGAAAGAUUUAUAAGAAUAUUUGUAUUUAUAAUUGAAGGAGAAUUUGGCGGGGAAUCUACAUUUUCCGAAAUAUGUAUUCAUAUUUAAUAUAUAAAAAAAUUGGAUAAUUAUACGAAAUCCAGCGAGAAAGAAAGAUGUUUGAUCAAACCGAUGUUUCUUUCUUCUGUUCUUUGAUUUUAUUGUCAAGCGAUUAAUAGCCAUCGUAUACCUGAUUUAAUUUAGAUCUAAUUUAUCAUAAUAGUUUAAGUUUAAGACCACGGAUUAACAAGAGAAGCAACAUAUCAUUUAAUUUUAUUAACUUUCUGACACCAUGUGGCCUGAUCCUAUGGUGUCUCUCCGUCUGUUUAUCCUUAAUAUCUUCCGUUCUUUUUAAUAUUUUUCUUAACAUUAUCGUUGUAAGUGCGUCUCUUUUCGUUCUGGAAUCUAAUCGUUGCUUAAACUUACGUUUCUUCUGUAUCGCGCGCUCCUUACCAUUCGUUCGCGGUGGCUCGUUUUCAAUAAUUUCGCUCGUUAGACUUUUCGAGUCAGGACUGUCCAACUGAAUUCAGAGGUUUUGAACGAGAUCUUAAACACAUAAUACGAAAUCUUAUUGUACGUGAGUAGUAUAUAUACUGAUCGUAUUCAUUGACAUCAAGAUUGAGUAGCGAAAGAUUCAUGGAGAGGUGAAUCCAAGUAGUACGCUGAACAUGCAACAAUUGUAUCAUAAUAAAAAUUGAAUUGAAUAUUUUCUCAUGGAACGUUCUGGAGUAGGUAGUUUAUUUUUAUUACUGCAAAUAUUGCGCUUUUAAAACAGAAGAAGUAUAUAUUAACUCAUAAGUUAAUUUAAAAUGCAACAUUUAAAGAGGUUCAUCAAAGUUGCAAGAUUGUAAAUAUUCUAAUGAAAUUUGUAUAGAAAUGUCAACAACGUUAUACAAAAACAAAGUGUUAAUAAGAAUUGCGAAUAAAAAGAAUCUAAAUCUUUAAUCCUGGAUAAGAAACUAGGAACAAGAUCUUUGGUUUCCUUACAAUGAUACGAAUUAUUGUAAUUAUUUUUUUCUCGCAUAAAAAUUAUAGCGAAAUAAUCUAUCGAGUAUGAUUAUUUCAAUAUUGAGAUAUAGUAAAUGAUUGCAAAGUAUUUUUUUCAAUCAUGGAUUUAUAUAAAAAAAAGAUCAAGUUUUACAUGUAAGAAUUCGAUAAUUUUAUAUAUUUUUGCAAAUUUGUCAUAAUUUUAUCUACGAAUUUUAUAUAACACGUAAAUUCUCAACUAGCGUAACCUUAUUUGUUCCAAACAUGAAUUUCUUUUGCAUUAGCUUUUAAUAAUAAUUUCUUGCUUAAUGCUGUUUAUCGUAAAAAUAAGAUCGCAGUCUAAAACUAAAGAGAAAUUUUCGCAAUGAAGAAUGUAAUCAAAAAGAGUAGACACGAUAAAGGGGAAAGUGUUUAAGAAGAUGAUAUUAUACUUUGAAAGAAACUAUCUCGAACAAGGUGUUGAAGCGUGAAAAUGUUUUUAGAAAAUUUUGAUUGGAAGGUCGAUGGUUGGACAGACCUGUUCCAAGUGAUAGAUUAGUGCAAUUAUCAUUAGUCUUUCGAAGGUCAAGAAAGAAUUUGUAAAUACAUAGAUGUUAAAUAUUUCGCGUAACAAUUCAGUGUCUUGACGAUGAAUCGAUAAAUGGGUGAAAAAAAGUGCCUGAGUCUAAUGAGCUACCGCUUUUUUCACAUGCUCGUAGCAAACUCGUAGGAUUCUCGAAUAUUAUCAAAAAAAAAAAAAAAGAAAAAGAAAAAAACAGAUGCUUUACUAAUGUUCGAUAGUAUAAUUAUAAAACGAAAAAUGAAAAAAAAAAGAAAAAGGAAACAAGAUGAACGAAGAAUCCCUUUGUAUAAAAAGAUCGUUUUCAAAAAGAAAAAACAAGCGAAGAGAUAAAUUUGUAUUAUCGAACUCUUGCAAAGGGAUCUACAGAUAUAUAUAUAUGUAUGUAUACAUUAUUGCAUUUAGUGUUAUAUAUUUUCAGAACGAUUGUCAAUCGUGUUUUUAUUUUAUAUACGUAUACAUUAUACUUAUAGGUGUGUGCCAUGAUAUAUAGGAAAUUAUAUGUAUAAAUAUAAAUAUAAACGGAAGGAAUUACACAAUAUAUAGAUUAUCUACAUAUAUUAUAUAUUAAAUAUAUAUGUGCCGUUAAUAUAUUAAGAAGAAACAAAGAGCAACGAGAGAGAAAAAUCGAUAGUUUUUAAAGCUUUGUAUUCAUUGGUUUUUGAUGAUUCAGAUUUAUAUACAGGAUAUUUUUAAUCGUUAUAUUUAGUACAAUCGAUUAAGUUUUAUCGUGGAAUGUUACAAAUUGUAAUAUCAUAUUACAUUAUUAUAUUAUAUUAUAUUAUAUUAUAUUAUAUUAUAUUAAUUACAUUAUAUUAGUAUUGAUUUAUUCUUAUCGUUAGUUAUAAUGCUGCUACAUAUGUAUGUGCUACAUAUAGUUAGGAGAUGAUCACGAUGAUGGAUAUCGUUUUAUUAUAAUUAUAUUACUACAGAACAUUUACAAAUAUAGAUAUAUUAGCUUUACUUACAUUGAAAUUAAUAAAGAAUUUCUAACAUUUCA